AUCGACACGACUAUAAAAUCCCCCAUUAUCGAUUGCCUCUUUCUUUGGACAACCAAUUUUGGGGUUUUAGGGUUUUUGCGAACACUCUCUCUUCAAAACCACCAGCCAUGACUGCCCAAACCCAGGAAGAGCUUCUCGCUGCCCAUCUCGAACAGCAAGCCAUCGAUCCUGAUGAGCCUGUGCUUGAGGACGAAGAUGAUGAUGAUGAGGAUGAUGAUGAUGAUGACAAGGAUGAUGAUGAAGUUGAGGGACAACAUGAUGGAGAUGCAAGUGGUAGGUCGAAGCAAAGCAGAAGUGAAAAGAAAAGUCGCAAAGCAAUGUUGAAGCUUGGCAUGAAACCUAUCCCGGGUGUUAGCCGAGUCACUGUCAAAAAGAGCAAGAAUAUAUUGUUUGUCAUCUCAAAACCCGAUGUUUUCAAGAGUCCAACUUCAGACACGUAUGUAAUCUUUGGGGAGGCAAAGAUCGAGGAUUUGAGCUCUCAACUACAGACUCAGGCUGCAGAGCAGUUUAAGGCUCCUGAUCUCAGCAAUGUGAUUUCCAAACCUGAGACUUCGGCUGUGGCUCAAGAUGAUGAAGAAGUAGAUGAGACUGGAGUGGAACCCAAGGACAUAGAGUUGGUGAUGACACAGGCAGGAGUCACUAGGUCAAAGGCUGUGAAGGCAUUGAAGGCUGCAGAUGGAGACAUAGUUACUGCCAUCAUGGAUCUUACCAACUGAGAAGCUAUUUACAUGUUUUUUUUUAAUGUGAUGUUUUAGCAGUUAUGUGGUUUCUAGAGCAUGUGAGCUUUAUGGUGGUGGAUCUUUCAUCAAUUUUACUAAAAUUUCUCUUUUCUCUUUAUCCUUUUGUUGUACUAGUAACGAAACUGAGAAAUGCAUCCUUGAGUGAUAAAUUUGUGCUCUUUUACCCUA